GUCUUUAAUCUAACUAAUAAAAUCAACCGGGCUAUUUCAUGCAUUAGAAGGAUUAAAUGUUACUUGAAUCGACGCAUUCUCAAGCACCUUUACCAUGCUCUUGUUCUCCCACAUAUAGAUUAUUGUUCAGUUGUUUGGGGACUCGAUGAAGAUGCUCUACUCGGAGGCAUCAGCGAGGUGUCCAGGUACUCUCGCGAACAUCAAAGAGGAGUAUUUCUUCAGACAUGCAAGCAAGGAAGCGAUGAAAAGCUUCAACCACACAGAGGAAUUUCUGCAUUUCAGUGUGGAAGCCUUCAUUGUUCUCCUCGCAAUGGACAUCAUGGAAAUCAAGACGAUUGAUGAAAUUCCCAAGGGAUAUCCCACAAAUGGCCCACCACACACAAAAUCAGCAUAUCAACUGAAAGUUGCCAUGGAACUACUCCAAAGGAUAUGGAAUCCUAUUCCGCAGGAUGCCAUAGACUCGGUCACUUCAACACCUAGUAACUCUUCAAAAGUAGUUGCAGCAAAUCAGCCGUAUCCAUACUGCUUUUGCAAAAAGGGUAUGGCAGGCUGGGAGAAGGCCAGAAUAAGACACGACCUUCAAUGGAACCGAACCGCGAAUCUCCAAGGGAUCAAGGGAAAGUGUCUCCCACUUGACAGAGUGUGCGAAAUCCUUGACAAAUCAUCGAAAGGUGUCCUCUCAAACAGUACAAAAUACUCAGGAAAGAACCUCAUCAGAGCCGGUGCUCUUGGAGGUCCAGAGUCUAGUCGAUUUGAUCAGUCCAAACUGUUGGCCUCAACUUCAAGAAAACACACUAUCAGUACCACAUACAACAAGAGGAAGAUGAAGACCAAAAGAGAGCUUAUUCCACACUUUGUUAAGUUAAUGUCUUCAAAAGGAUUGUUCUCUGUGAAAGCGGGAAGGUCUCACAAGGCGUUUCCAAACUUCAAGCGAACGCAACCUCUUGAACGCUUGGGGAAGCUAAAGUCAAGUUUAAUGGAAGCCUCCGUGAAAUUAGACUGGGAACGGCCAGACAUUCAACUAGAGGAACAGACCCUGAUUGGAAAUGUCCAGUAUGUACAAACGACACGCCAGAAGCAAGACGAGAUGGAAUAUUACAGUAUUCCUUGUGUGUUAUAUGGGAGGGUCUGCAAGACCUUGUUAGAAGAGACGCCAUCAGGCACAAUGAUGGGCCACAAAUGUUGGCAUUCUGGCGAAUAGACAUGGGUCAGUUCUGGUCUGCUGGCCAUAAGAAUUACCUGCUCAUGGGCCACAGAUUACUCACAAGUAUGGCAGGCUGGGAGAAGGCCAGAAUUAGACACGACCUUCAAUGGAACCGAACUGCGAAUCUCCAAGGGAUCAAGGGAAAGUGUCUCCCACUUGACAGAGUGUGCGAAAUCCUUAACAAAUCAUCGAAAGGUGUCCUCUCAAACAGUACAAAAUACUCAGGAAAGAACCUCAUCAGAGCCGGUGCUCUUGGAGGUCCAGAGUCUAGUCGAUUUGAUCAGUCCAAACUGUUGGCCUCAACUUCAAGAAAACACACUAUCAGUACCACAUACAACAAGAGGAAGAUGAAGACCAAAAGAGAGCUUAUUCCACACUUUGUUAAGUUAAUGUCUUCAAAAGGAUUGUUCUCUGUGAAAGCGGGAAGGUCUCACAAGGCGUUUCCAAACUUCAAGCGAAGUUUGGAAACGCCUUUUUAUUACAGAGAGUGCUGCCUCUAUCUCAUUCAGGCCAAUCAACAUCAGCCCCCCAUAACCCACCACGGAUGACAAUUUUGAAGAUGACACACUGCUAUCAGCCUCGGGUUCAGAUGCCUCUGGCUCAGAGGAUUCAGACACCAACACCAUGACCACUCUGCCAUAUCUGGAUCUAAAUCAUUUAGAUGACUGUGACUCAAGGUCUGAUUCAGAAUCUCACUCCGAUUCUCACUAGAUGUCACGUUGAAAAUGCAAUAUCUUUGAUUUAAAUGACUAAAAUCUAUUAAUUACUUUUACAAAAAAGUGUAAGUUGAAUCAAAGUCAGUGAGAGAGAGAGAGAGAGAGAGAGAGAGAGGGAGAGAGAAAGUUAUCUAUUGAGUGUGCCAUUGACGGUGAGGAGUUAUUCAGCUGUGCAAGACAUAACUGUCUUGGCCUAGCAUUGUGUCUCUUGAAUAGGAGGCAUAGCAAUACACCUAAUUGGAUGUUAUACAUUGUAUGUGGAUUGCCAGUGUACAGAGAGUGGACACACCUCAACUUGAACGCCAUGAGGAAAGGAGAGUUGGUUCUGGCUGCUCUGAAAACGCAGUUGAAGAUAAUUUGUAUUUUUUGAACUUGCUAUUAUUAUGCAAGAACAACUAAUUUUUCUAAUCCAAGGGCAGAAGAGUUAGCCUGUUACAUCAGUGUAAACUUAACAAUUUUUCAAGCCUGUGAAACUCAAGCCAUCGGUAAGCGAAUGGCACUUUUGUAAUUCAGCUACUAUAAUUAAGUUAGUUUCAAAUGCUUUAAAGAACUUGUGUUAAACCAGGAUAGAAUAGUGUAUUUGAUUUGUAACAAUUCAAACUUGAAAUGUAUUAAAAUAAGCAAAUGCUUUGUUUUGUUAAAGACAAUUAAGACAUGUAAGUAAUUGUUAACUGAAUAUGAAGUUAUGUAUGUCAAUUAUAUUCUCCACAUGUAUAAAAUAAAUGAAUGCAUACUAGAGAAUAUGUUAUGUGCAUUCUCAAAAUGUAGAUGGCACGUGAUGUUGGGACUUAGGACGAAAUACAUAAUCUGGAUGACUGAGUUGGCGGUUUGAACUACAUCAAAGUCAAGUCACCCGCACGGCAGUUCCAAACCUUCGAUUUAAAGGCAGACUGUCAUCAAUCGUUGAACUAGUGAGCUGUAUCAAAGCCAGAUAAUGCUUGAAAUGAAACUGUUAUACAGAGAAAAGAUGUCAAUUUUAUGAAGAAAACCUGAACUGAGACGUUAUAACUCUUCGAUUGUCAGUUAAGACAAUGUUUUUAAUAAAUUUUUUUCGUCGAUGCUUUCAUUGUUGAAGGGCGAGUGGCCCAGGCCAGAAGGCCUAUAUAUUCGAGUUCGUGCACUGAACAAAUUGUAGAAGUUGAUUGUAGAAGUUGAUUGUAGGAGUUAAAACUCGACACAGUUCUGGUGUCCGUUUCAACUCGUUUAUUGACCGGUGUAGAGAGCUUAUAAUAUUCGAAUUGAGAGUUGACUGACAGUAUAGGAUGGUAUGAGAAAUACUAAAUACUAAAGUGAUAUCUAAACAGUCCUAUAGGUACAAGAAUUAUAUGCCAAGUGGUGAAGGAUAGAUAGGCUAAUUCAGGGCCUAAUCCCAUCAUUGUUGGAGUGAGGUAUAUGUAUGGAUAGUGAGACAAUAUAUUCACUUAAUGCUAAUUGUGCUAAAUAAACACUGAUGAUUGUUCUUUAUGC